AUGAUGAUUCACUUCAGCUCUUCCGUGGGGCUGGGCCUGAUGCUGGCGGCUACCCACUCAACGCCGUCAGUGAAUAUCCCGGUUGACGACAAUAUUGCCGUUCUGCGUUGGAUGCUGCAGUUGACUUUGAGGGCGCCCGGCUUUGCUCCUAUGAUACAGUGCCGCCCUUGCAAAUUUUUGUCCUUGCCGUCCACCCCAAACUUGUCCAUUCUUACCAUAACGGGUUUCGCCUCCUGCGACAUGCAUGACGCGGAUGACUGCUCUUCCCUCUCUUCGGCCGUGAUCAUUGGGUGUGCCCGGAAGUGCCACCUCCCAGCCAUGCGCCGUCGACUCAAGGACUACCAGAUUGACUGGGAUUGCGUUUUCGGGCCUGAAUCCUUGGAGGAAGUGUUUCAGAGGGGAGGUGACUUCACUACCUGCCCUGGAGCUACCAAAGCGCACCCGUGCUCCAGGUUUAUCGUGGACAAGGACGAAGAACGCUCGGAGGUGAAGGUGCAGGAGGGUCCCGAGGGAUUCCCGUUCCUGUACGGCGAGGAAUACAUCUUCAAGUACAGUUUCCAGGCUAUCGAGGACAUGCAGGUCGCCACUCGCUUCACCCACCUCGGCCAGCUCAAGGGCUCGGCGGGGGGCUACAUGGUCAAGGGCGACCCGAUCUACUCCCUCACCGCCAACAAGCACGGGCUGCACGUUCGCUUCAGCAACCUGGAGUCCAUCGAAGACUACCACGACGGCUUGGACAUGCCGCUGGACUGGGAUGCCGCCACCGGGGAGUGGGUGCACGUGGAGAUCAUCACCACCUUUGGACAGUCCAUGGAGGUGAACAUCUCUGGAGCCGUCAGCGGAAAGGCUGUCUGGCCGAGUGACCUCAAGCCCGUGGCCUGGCACCGCGACUCCGAAAUGGUCCGGAUGAAGCUGGGUCUCUACCACUCCAUUCACAAUAAUGUUGUCUUCGGGUGUCUGUGGAGCGGCGUGCAUGUGUAUAUCUGGGUGGAUGGGCAGAGAAGUUUCUUGCCGUGGAGCCAGUGGCGACGACAACAACAACAGCACCGACAAACCGACCGCGAAUCCACACACGGAAAUCAAAGAGCCGGCCUCCAAUCGCCGCGCUACCCUGAAAGAAACCGACUUGUUGCUGUCUUCGGGCUGGAGGCACUACAAUACUGUAGGUCAAUCCGCGCCAGGAUUUCUGCUGUCCGCACCUAG